GUCCAGUUUCCGUCCAUCGGGCUCAUCUUGAAGGUCGUGUUCUGUAGCAAGGAUUCGCAGCUCAAUACCAGAGCUGCUUCCUUUUUAUCACUUGGCUGCAACUUUUGCUUCAGAGCAUAACCCCAACAUCUCGCCAUCGAUAUUCGAACUCACCAGCUUUGUCUUGUUUGUGCAAAAUGGAUGAACCUGACAACAAGUUCGAGGAGCUCAAGGGCUUGUGGGAGACGUGCCAGAGCCAGGACGACCAGAAGCAGGCGUUGAUCACGAGCCUGUUUAGCCAUGUGCAGAACCUAAACGAGCAACUGAAGGAGGUGAAGCGUGAGCUCAAGCACCAAAAGGGGACGAACGAGUAUUUCCUGGACAAGAAUGAAAAGGCCGAGAGCACAAUCAGCACGUUGGUUCACGAAAAGGAGCGACAUGGGUUUGCUGUGGUUUUGAUUGACGGUGAUUGCAUGCCUUUCAAAGACGACCUGGUCAAGGAUGGCGCCCAGGGCGGACGGCAGGCGGCACACAACCUCAAGCAGGCCGUCAAGGAACAGCUGGACGCGACGCCCGACGCCAAGCUCUCCCACCUCCAAGUUCUCGUGCGCGUCUACGCCAACCUCCGCGGCCUCGACCGGGUAUACCGCGACCUCGGGGUUCUCCCCCCUCACUCGUCGCUCGACGACUUCGUGCGGGGCUUCAACAUGGCCGACGCGGGCUUCGACUUUGUGGACGCGGGCAACGGCAAGGAGUGCUCCGACGAGAAGGUGCGGGCCAUGUUCCGGCUGCACGUCGACGACGUGCACUGCCGGCGCGUCUUCUUUGGCGGCUCGGCCGACAACGGCUACGCGCGCCUGCUGGGCCAGCACGUGCAGGACGCCGCCGUCUGCGGGCGCGUCACGCUGCUCGAGGGCCCGCCGUUCGCGCACGAGCUGGCCGACAUCAAGGACCGGUUCCGGGUCGCGCGCAUGGAGGGGGUGUUCCGGCAGGACAAGCUGCCGACGGUGAAGCGGCGCGUGUCGUUCCACGUCACGCCGCCGACCACGCCGGCCAUCAGCUUCGCGAGCGUCAUUGCCAAGCCGGCCUCGCCCGUGUCUUGCAACGGCAGCGAGUCAUCGUCCAGCGGCAGCAUUGCUACCAGUGCUACUACUACUACUACUACUACUACCACUACUCUCAAGCCUGGAGGCAGCUGGGCCGUGGUGCGCAAGAACGCGGCGGACCAGCGCGUCGACACGCACCUCGACUACGCCCAGGCCGACUUCCAGCAGCUCAAGCAGCGGCGGCUGUGCAACAACUUCCACCUGCUGGGCGAGUGCUACUACCCGACCUGCCACUACGGCCACGGUGACCGGCUGCGGGCCGACAAGCGCACGGCGCUGCUGGCCGUGUCGCGCCUGUCGCCCUGCCCGCGCGGCCUUCGCUGCACCGAGCCCAGGUGCAUCUACGGCCACCGCUGCUCGCGGGGCGACUGCUCGUCGCCGAGCUGCGUGUUUCCUCGGGAGAUGCACGGGGUGGACGUCAAGACUGUGUGAUUUUUGGGGUUUGCAUGUGAAUAUUAGAAAGUUCCCAGGUAGCUUACUAGAUAGUACACAGAGAUUGGUCAUCACAAACAAGCCUUGUUGGGCAGAUUGGCACCCGCCCAGACCACAACCAAGACGUCAAGCUGGUUGCUGGAUUAGGAAGG